AUGGCAGCCGCCGAAGAUAACCACUGCAGAAUACUGGAGCUGCCUGCGGAGCUUCGAAAUCGCAUUUACCGCCUCACGUUGAGCCAAGAAGAACAGAUGGACGUCACUGAAACUGGCUUCGAAAUCCCUGGUGUGCUGAAGACAUGUCGACAGAUCCGAUCCGAAGCAUUGGCCAUCUACUUCUACGAAAACAGAUUUCGCGUGACCGGAGCCAGCUGGAACAGCGACACGCUGUUCAAACUUACCUCAACGAUCAAAUCUAUGGGUCUUGACACGGAGAAGAUGCCCGUGGAUGGUCGGUGGACCCUUGGCCCGCCUAGCUGGAAGAACUUGAUGCUGUGGUUACAACGAUACCACGCGCAGGAGCUGCAACUGAGACCUUCCAGGCCAGCCUCGAUGCUCAAGAUCGAGGUCAAGGACCCAGUACGAUACGCAGUGGGAAGCUUGGGCGUGAUAGUCGACCGGUCGCGAGAUCAAUCUUGGACUCGAGUCAAGAAGACUCUGGACGCUCUGAGGCCGAUGUUGAUCAUUCUGAACAGGCGGUGGGAAGAGGACUAA